AUGCCUGCCGAAGUCAUCAAAGAGCCUAACCCGCCUCCCCUGGCCUCCCGUCUCCCUAACAAUGUCCUGGAUCUUGCCGUAAGAAGAAACAAGACGACCUUGGACAACACGGUCGCCAAAUCCCUGACCGACUUUCAAAAUGCUGCCUGUUACAUCGCUGCCGCGAUGAUCUUUCUCCGAGACAAUGUUCUACUCGAGUCCAAGCUAGAGUUUGAGCAUGUCAAGCCCCGUUUGCUGGGCCACUGGGGUACCUGUCCCGGCCUCAUUCUGGUCUGGUCCCAUCUCAACCGCCUCAUCAGUAAACAUGAUAUGGACAUGAUCUAUGUUAUUGGCCCGGGACACGGCGCUCCUGCUGCGUUGGCCUCCCUCUGGCUCGAAGGCUCGCUGGAGAGGUUCUACCCGAAGGAGUACAGCCGUACCAAGGAGGGUCUCUUCAACCUCAUCACGAGAUUCUCCGUCCCGGGAGGCUUCCCUAGUCACAUCAAUGCCGAGACACCUGGAUCAAUCCAUGAGGGCGGUGAACUGGGUUACGCUUUGGGCGUGUCCUUUGGCGCCGUCAUGGACAACCCCGAGCUCAUCGUCACCUGUGUUGUAGGUGAUGGAGAGGCUGAGAGUGGCCCUACUGCUGCCGCCUGGCACGCCAUCAAGUAUAUUGACCCCAAGGAGUCGGGAGCUGUGAUUCCCAUUCUCCAUAUCAAUGGCUUCAAGAUCAGCGAGCGCACUAUUUUCGGCUGCAUGGACAACAAGGAAAUCGUAUCGCUGUUCACUGGUUACGGCUACCAGGUGUGCAUUGUGGAUGAGCUGAAUGACAUCGAUAACGAUCUGUCCAAUGCGCUUGAAUGGGCUGUGGCCGAAGUGAAGAAGAUCCAGCAGGCGGCUCGCACAGGCAAACCAAUUGCCAAGCCUCGCUGGCCCAUGAUUGCCUUGCGCACACCCAAGGGAUGGUCUGGACCUAAAGACGUCGACGGGGCCAUCAUCGAAGGAUCUUUCAAAUCACACCAAGUCCCGCUGCCCAAGGCUGGCUCUGAUGAGACACACCUUCAGAAGCUCCAGGAGUGGCUUGCCGGAUACGACAUUAGCAAACUUUUGCCUGAUGGCAAACCCAACGACAGCAUUCUUGAGACGAUCCCAAAGAACGAUGCCAAGAAGCUUGGUCAAUACAAGACCACUUACGAUCCUUAUGUUAGUCUCGAGCUGCCGGACUGGAAGAGUCUUACAGUCAAACCUGGAGAGCAAGCCAGCUGCAUGAAGGUCACGGGGGAGCUUCUCAACCAAGUAAUCCAGAAGAACCCUAAAACAUUCCGCAUGUUCUCCCCUGAUGAGUUGGAGAGCAACAAGCUCGACGCCGUGUUCGAAAACACCGGGCGCAACUUCCAGUGGGAUGAUUACUCGCGCGCUAGGGGUGGACGGGUUAUUGAGAUUCUCUCGGAACACUGCUGCCAGGCCUUCAUGCAGGGUUACACGUUGACCGGCCGUCAUGCGCUGUUCCCUAGUUACGAGUCCUUCCUUGGUAUUGUGCACACAAUGAUGGUGCAAUAUGCCAAGUUCAACAAGGUCGCCAAGCAGGUCAAGUGGCGCGGCGAGUUGGCGUCCAUCAACUACAUCGAGACCAGCACCUGGGCUCGCCAGGAGCACAACGGCUUCUCCCACCAGAACCCGUCGUUCAUCGGAGCAGUCCUCAAUCUCAAAUCUGAGGCAGCCAGAGUUUACCUCCCGCCCGACGCCAACUGCUUCCUUAGCACGGUUCACCACUGCCUCAAGUCUCGAGACAAGGUUAACCUCAUCAUCGGCUCCAAGCAGCCCACUUCAACCUACCUCGAUGUCGACGCCGCCGCAGAGCAUUGCCGUAUCGGAGCGAGCACGUGGAAGUUCGCCUCGACAGACGAAGGCGCCAACCCCGACGUCGUGCUGGUAGGUGUUGGUGUCGAAGUGACGUUCGAAGUCGUCAAGGCGGCAGAGCUGCUUCGGACGCUCGCGCCAGAGCUCCGUGUCCGUGUUAUCAAUGUGACGGAUCUCAUGGUCGUCCGCGCCGAGGCCAAACACCCGCACGCGUUGAGUAGGGACGCCUUCCUGGAGAUGUUCACCGAAGACAGGGAUGUCUGCUUCAACUACCACGGGUAUGCGACGGAGCUGCAAGGCCUGCUGUUCGGAAGACCUGGUCUGGACAGAAUGACGGUGGAGGGCUACCGCGAGGAGGGCACGACGACGACGCCGUUUGACAUGAUGCUUGUCAACUGCGUGAGCCGCUACGACGUUGCCAUCCGGGCAUUGAAGGGCGGUGCCAAGGUGAAUGACAAGAUUAAGAACAGCCUGGACGACAAGAUCAAGCAGGUUGAGGAGAAGGUCAAGGAGGUGCGCAAGUAUAUUGAAGAUAACGGAAAAGACCCUGACGACAUUUACGACUCACCCAAGUUUUGA